UUGAGGGAAUCGCAAGAACAGGUUUCAAUCUAGUUGCUUGAUCACUAAUUCAGAUAGAUUUUCAAGUAUGAAAUAGUCAUGAUAGACUAUUAGAGCCAACCUUUUGAAUUAGUUUAUAAAAAGAUUGAUUUCUAUUCAGAGAAAGAAUCAAGAAAUAAGAUGGAAUUUGGUUUGAAGAGGGAAUAUACCCAAAAGAAUAAAGGACAAAUAGAAGAAAACCCAGGAAAUUUGUGUGAAGUUAUAAUUGGCCAAGGAACAAGAAAAGAAGAAAAUAUCUUAAAAAAUCAAAACUAAUUACCUAACAAAUGGAGAAGAAUAAUGUUGAAAAGCUGGGAGUCUCACCCCUCAAGUCUAUCUUAGAGCCUCCAAAAGAAACUCCGACGACUAUUAAGAAUACUAAUACUGAUAACUGAGCCCCUACUGUCAAAAACAAGUGACAACAAAAUAUCACUAAAGCUAUUAUCUAAAUUAAUCUUCAUAAAGUAACUUCUGCAAAAUCUCUCUAUGUCUAUUUCAAAGCUAAGCAUCUUAAAAUCAAAAUUGAGCCACAAGAGGGCAAUAUAUCUAUGUUAAACUUUCUGAGGAGGUUUCUCCAGAGGGUUAAUUUUAAAGUACCGAGACAAAAAGAUACUAAUUUGCACCCCUACUAAUUAUACAGAAACUGUUAAGAAACCACCAUUACAGGAAACCAAGCAAUUGGUCCAAAGACUGUAGAUAACAUCAAUAGGAUUGAUCAAUUUGUUGAAGAAGCACAGCCCGAUCUCUAAAAAAUCAGUUUCAGAAAAUCUAAAACACUGAAUGAAUUACAAACUACUAAAGGAACAGAACAGCAGAAGUUAAUGGAUAAGUGCAUGGUUACUGUAAAAUCUCCUAUCAGGGAUACUCCAGACGAUCCUUCCAAGUAUGGAUAAGAC